AUCAUCAGAUCAAUAUAAGAACUGCUGAUCAUCAAAAUAUCAUUAUAUUACAAGAGAUAUGGGCAAUAGUCUAAGGUGCUGUUUGGCUUGUGUUCUUCCUUGUGGAGCCCUAGACUUGAUCCGCAUAGUCCACUUGAACGGCUACGUCGAAGAGAUAACACGUCCGGUCACCGCCGGCGAGAUCCUACAGGCAAACCCUAAUCACGUCCUCAGCAAACCCUGCUCCCAGGGCGUCGUUCGCCGGAUUUUGAUCCUCUCGCCGGAGUCCGAGCUCAAGAGGGGAAGCAUCUACUUCUUGAUCCCGGCUUCUUCGGUGCCGGAGAAGAAGAAGUCCGGUACCGGCCUUAAGAAGUCCUCCAGAUCAAUUAAGAGCAAAAAGUGUACCAUUACUACUAGCUCUUCAGAUUGUGAUCGUUACUUGUCGGAAAUUAUCUCCGAGAAGAAGUCCUCAUCGCGCCGCGAUCGCCACCGGAGCGGCCGAGUCGGCGUAUGGAGGCCUCAUCUCGAGAGCAUCUCCGAAGACUAA